AUGUCACCAAGUAUGUCCGAGUCGCCUGUAGAGACAAGCGAUAUCUCGGUGGCUAGCCGGGAAGCCAUCGGUGAAAAGACUGCUGUCACUGUGCUUGCUACUAAAGAUGAGCAUGCACUCAGCGACGAUGACCUCGGCAACAACCCGGACGCGGUUAUUGUCACCGGUGCAGACGCAGCUAUUCAUCUGCUGCCUCUUCGAGAUGACUUCGACACGGUGUUGACCUUUCGCAGUAUAUUACUUGCUUCCGGCCUCGCAUGUUUCCAGGCUGUGAUGAACCAGAUUUAUCAGUUCAAACCGACCCUUGUCACGAUUCAGGGAACCUUCAUCGUGCUGAUCUCUUACUUCGUCGGCAAUGCUUGGGCCAAAUUUCUUCCCCGUGGCGACAAAUUUGAAGCUCGCUGGAGGGCGAAAAACGGCCAGGGAAAACUUCCUUUGUGGAUCACGGUGAUGAAGUUUUUCAAUAACGGGCCAUGGACUUUGAAAGAGCACGCAAUUUGUUCAAUCACUGCUACGUCGGCCUCGAAUGCUGCUCCUAGCUCGACGGUAUUUGCAGCACAGGACCUAUUCUACAAUCUUCCCUUGAACGCAGGCACUGUGAUAUUGAGUACUAUCUCUAUCGGCCUAUUUGGCUACGGGAUCUGCGGCAUCAUGCGUCCUAUCGCUGUCUGGCACAUUGAGGCCGUCUACUGGGGCACUUUGCCUACCGUUAAGACUCUCCAAGGACUCCAUUGGCAGCAAGUGAAAAACUCGAAGCCACUUAGGUAUUUCUGGAUUGCCUUCAGUGGUAUGGGAUUAUACGAGAUCAUUCCUGCCUACAUCUUCCCGUGGCUCAAUUCUGUUUCCAUUCCGUGCCUGGCUUCACAAAAGGCAACCGGUGAAACUGCUUCUGUGCUCAACAAUGUCUUUGGUGGGGCCACCAACAACCAGGGUCUUGGUCUCUUCUCGGUUACGUUUGAUUGGCAAUAUAUCACAUCUUUCCAAACUUCUCUCCCUCUGAAACUACAAAUUCAUCAGGUCUUAGGGUUUGGUGCCUGUUUUAUUGCCAUGAUGGGCAUAUAUUAUGGCAAUGGCUGGAAUGCAAGAUCGCUCCCAUUCAUGUCGACGAGAAUGCUUAUGAACAACGGCACUGCAUACCCCGUGGGCGAUGUCUUCCCCGGCGGUGUCCUCAGCGAGACCGCCUUGAAGGAAUACGGCUUGCCAAGACUCACUGGAACCUUCGCAUAUGGAAUGUUCAUGGCCAACGCAGCAAUCGGUGCCCUGAUCGCUCAUUGCAUCCUGUUCUGGGGCAAGGAUAUCUGGCAGGCUUAUAAAAGUGCGAGAGAAGGUAGAUAUGAUGAUCGCCACCAUGCGCACAUGGUCAAGCAUUACAAAGAGGCUCCAUGGUGGUGGUACAUUAUCGUGCUUGUUGGCAGCUUUAUUCUCGGUAUAAUUGUCACCGUGAAAGAAAACAUUACCUUGACGGUUUGGGCAUAUGUUAUCGCACUGGUGCUAGGAUGCAUCAUCGCCCCCUUUAGUACAAUCCUCUUUUCCCGCUUCGGUAACGGUAUUGCUACCAACAAUUUGUCAAAAAUGCUGGCUGGACUCAUCCUUCCUGGUCGUCCGAUCGGUAACAUGUACUUUGCUACUUGGUCACACAACGUCAUUACAAAUGCGGUCAAUCUUUCCAAUGAUCUGAAGAUGGGCGAAUACCUCAAAAUCCCUCCACGUAUUAUGUUCUUGACACAAAUAUAUGGUACAAUUCUUGGUGGCUUCAUCAACUACGCCAUUAUGAUCUCUAUUGUGUCAGGUAAUCGGGACCUUCUCGUGGAUGGCAAUGGAAACUCGUCGUGGAGUGGUGCAACUAUCCAAUCUUACAACACCAAUGCCGCAUCAUGGGCUCUGGCUCCCUAUAUCUAUAAGGCCGGGACUCCAUAUGGGGCUAUUCCUAUUGGUCUCGCCGUUGGCGCUGGUGCUGUGGUCAUUCAUCGUAUCAUUUAUCAAUUUGUACCCAAAGUUGGAAAAUUCGACCUCUCGGAGAUCAAUAUGCCGCAGUUUAUCCAAUAUGCCGGUUAUCUUCCAUCCAACCAAAGUCAGACCUGUGUCAUCUUCUCCUGGGUCAUCGCCGGGUUCUAUGUGCAAUACUAUCUUCGAAACUACAAGCCACGGAUUUUCAGGGACUACUCCUAUCUGAUUGCAGGAGCCUUUGAUGGAGCUAGUCUGACGGUUCUCUUCAUCCUCUCAUUUGCUGUCUUCGGAGCUGGUGGAGUUGGGCACCCCUUCCCAUCGUGGUGGGGAAACAACGUGAACGGGAACUACGAUUGGUGCCCGGUACCAGAGUAG